AUGACUAGCUUAACAUUAUCCUCGAGCACGUUCGAAAUGCCCCGGUCUAGACCAAAACUGUUUGUACCCGCGAACGCGAUCUCGACGCAGACUUACAGCACACCGACGAGCGAGAGCAAUCAUUUACCACCAUUGAAGGGUAGCACGUUGGCAUUGAAGCAGUCUGCCAGCGAGUCGUCGCCUAGUUACUUGAGCCGCAGCAGUCACAUGUCCGGUACUCACCUGCCGAGUUUAAGUUCCAGCGCAAACAACAGCCUGCUCAGCCUGACCGGCAACUCCGACAGCUUGAAUCUAAGCCUGAGCUCGCACACGAGUCACAACUCGAGCCACAACUCGAGCCACAAUUCGAGCCAUAAUUCCAGUCACAAUUCCAGCCACAGUUUCACCCAUAACUCCAGCCAUAACUUCACCAACGCCGGCACCACCACCAACACCACCACCACCGCUCACGAGUCUCAACAGUCGAACAGUCAGUCGAGCACUGCGCUGGUGUUGAAGAACGGAUGCUCGAACGGAAGUUCCUGCGGCAGUGGUGUCCGUAAACCGAAGACGAUCAUCGCCACGCCCGACGUCGUUCUAAAGAUCUACGUGGACAAGUUGACACCGUACGAGCACCACGAGAUCUUCAAUUACCGGCAUGUAUACUUCAUCGGGGCGAACGCGAAGAAGAGGCCAGGGAUAAUCGGCCGGCCUCACAACAGUGGCUACGACAACGAACAUGGUUCCUACAUCCACGUGAAUCACGAUCACGUGGCCUACAGGUACGAGGUGUUGAAGGUGAUCGGCAAGGGGUCGUUCGGCCAGGUUGUGAAGGCGUACGAUCACAAGAAACAGGAGCACGUCGCCCUGAAGAUGGUGAGGAAUGAGAAGAGGUUCCAUCGACAGGCACAGGAGGAGGUGAAGAUAUUGAGGAAGCUGCGCGAACAAGACAAGGACGACACCAUGAAUAUUAUCCACAUGUUCGAGUCGUUCACGUUCCGUAACCACAUGUGCAUCACCUUCGAAUUACUCAGUAUUAACCUGUACGAGCUAAUCAAGAAGAACAAGUUCCUGGGCUUCAGUAUGCAGCUGGUGAAAAAGUUUGCCCACUCGCUGUUACAAUGCCUCGACGCUCUCUAUAAGAAUAGGAUCAUUCAUUGCGAUAUGAAGCCGGAGAAUGUUCUUUUGAAGCAGCAGGGACGCAGUGGUAUCAAGAUACAUGAGAUUUUCAUACAUGUUAAUGCAUCAAAUUCGUUCUCGCUGGAAAUCUGGGGCUUCUUCGCCUUCGAUUUUUCUGAACUUUUCUCGGCGAGCAAACAGCCGCCUCUCUCGUGCCAAUGUCUAAUACGUUGUCCGCUUCGUGUCGGAUCUUUCGUCUUCGCCGAGAUCAAACGGCGCGGAUCCUCUCGACAGGCAGGGAACACAAGCUCGCCGUUAGCGUGA